CAAUCCAGAGGAGGCGGAGGCGGCCUCCCCCCGCCCCCAGGCCGGCUUCCGUUGGGUUACCUAGGAGAAGAUACACACUCCAGCGCGCCUGGUCCGGCGCGGCCCUGCUCGGCUCGGGAGCCAGCGUGCGAGGCUUGGCGCGCGGCGCUGGUAGCCGGAGCAGGGGGCACCAGGUCCCCCUGUCCCCGCCGCCAUGAGCCAGAGGCAGGUUUUACAAGUGUUCGAGCAGUACCAGAAAGCCCGGACCCAGUUUGUGCAGACGGUGGCAGAACUUGCUACUAGGCCGCAGAACAUCGAGACCCUCCAAAACGCAGGUGUAAUGUCUUUGCUGAGGCCUCUUCUGUUGGAUGUGGUCCCAACUAUUCAACAGACUGCUGCUUUGGCACUUGGGAGACUUGCCAAUUAUAACGAUGACCUGGCAGAGGCGGUUGUUAAGGGAGACAUUCUUCCACAGCUUGUAUAUUCAUUGGCUGAACAGAAUCGUUUCUACAAGAAAGCAGCUGCGUUUGUGUUAAGAGCUGUUGGUAAACAUUCUCCUCAGCUAGCUCAAGCAAUUGUUGAUUGUGGAGCUCUGGAUACACUUGUGAUUUGUUUGGAAGAUUUUGACCCUGGAGUAAAGGAAGCUGCAGCCUGGGCACUUGGGUACAUUGCCAGACACAAUGCAGAACUGUCACAAGCUGUGGUGGAUGCAGGAGCUGUUCCUCUUUUAGUACUCUGUAUCCAGGAGCCAGAGAUUGCUUUGAAAAGGAUUGCUGCCUCAGCCCUCAGUGAUAUUUCAAAGCAUUCUCCAGAGUUAGCCCAGACAGUAGUGGAUGCAGGGGCUAUUGCUCACUUAGCCCAGAUGAUCCUGAACCCUGAUGCUAAACUGAAGCGUCAAGUGCUUUCAGCUCUCAGCCAAAUAGCAAAGCAUUCUGUGGAUCUUGCAGAAAUGGGGGUUGAAGCAGAAAUUUUCCCAGUUGUACUCACAUGCCUGAAGGACUCAGAUGAAUAUGUCAAGAAAAAUGCUGCAACUUUAAUUAGAGAGAUAGCAAAGCACACGCCUGAGCUUUCACAACUUAUAGUCAAUGCAGGAGGAGUUGCUGCUGUGAUUGACUGUAUUGGCAACUGCAAAGGAAAUGUCAGGCUGCCUGGCAUCAUGAUGCUUGGCUAUGUAGCAGCUCACUCUGAGAACCUGGCAAUGGCAGUGAUCAUCUCCAAGGGGGUUCCACAGCUGUCUAUCUGCUUGUCAGAGGAACGAGAAGAUCAUAUUAGGGCAGCCACUGCUUGGGCUUUGGGGCAGAUUGGAAGACAUACUCCAGAACAUGCACGUGCUGUUGCUGUAACAAAUGUUUUACCAGUGCUACUUUCCCUGUAUAUGGAAACAGAAAGCUCAGAAGAUCUUCAAGUAAAAACUAAAAAGGCUUUAAAGAACAUCCUGCAGAAAUGCACAUACCUGCCAGCACUUGAACCCUUGCUGCAUGAUGCGCCUCCCAAUAUUUUGAAACAUGUAGUUGGGCAGUUCAGUAAGGUGCUGCCACAUGAUAGCAAAGCACGACGUCUCUUUGUAACAAGUGGUGGACUUAAAAAAGUUCAGGAGAUAAAAGCAGAGCCAGGUUCACUUCUUCAGGAGUACAUCAAUACUAUUAACAACUGUUACCCAGAGGAAAUAGUAAGGUAUUAUUCUCCUGGAUAUUCUGAUGCACUUCUGGAAAGGGUGGAAAAUUAUCAACCAAUUUUAUAAAUGCUUUGAUUUUUUGUUAAAAACUCUAUUUUACCUGUGUGCUUUUAUGAUAUGCAUGAAAAUACAGUACAAUGUAGCUAGAAAUUCUUGCUGAAUUCUGAAAUGUUUACCUUUCUCCUAUUUUCUGAACUAUUAAUCACCAUUAUUAAUCCUUUGUCAGUUUGAAGAAAUAACCUUGACUCUGUCUUGUGCUUUAAUGUUUGUGUGAACUUACAUUUAGAACAGGGAUUUUCAAAUGUCAGGUGUACAUGUUUCUCAAAAGUCACCCAUCCUGCAUGUAUUUGGGAGCCCUCUUCAACUCCCACUUCACUCAGUGGAAGGUGAAGGAGCCCAGUGCCCCCAGCAAGUUCUGUUUUGUAUAUAAUUAUUAGUUUAUGAAGUUUUUCUCUUUUUCUGAUUUUUUGCCUGAUUCUUACAAGCAGUUAUUAUUCCAUACUUCGCUGGAAAUCUAUGUGAGAGCAAGGAUUUGUGAUGGAGAAACUCUUGGCAGAAUCAGUCUUUUUUUCUUUAUUUCCUCAAGGAAAGCUAGUGCUUAUCUGAUCUGGGCCCAGGCUUUGACUUUCCCAGUAUUGUAACCAUUUGUUUGUCCCUUUUAUGUACAGUUUAGAGCUCCUCAAGUCUGAGAGAAUUCUAGCUCUUUUUUAUUAUGCAGUCAGUUCUCCUCUGAAACAUUUCCAUCCCCUCCCUGAUGGUAAGCAAGAGACUGAGUUACAAGGUACAGUUUUGGUCUCCAUGGGCCAAAUUAGGUGUAAAAUAGAUAAGCUGUCAGGGUCUGACAGUUAUAUAAAGACCAAACCCUACUUUGGUCCAUUCAGUAUGGUGGACGAGGGAUCCUCUGCAGGCAUCCUGCUGCUCAAGACAAGAUUUCUCAUGAUAGAAAGGGGCAGCACACUUCUCUGCCCCUCUCAUCAGGAACAGUGUGAGCACCCAAAAUGAACUUUCUGUACGUACCCUAAGAAUUAGAUCCUCUGAGGUCCUGUCAGAUUCAGGAUAACUUCAACUCUGGCUAAAAGUACUUGGCAUCUGGCAGGAAGUACUCAGCAUCCCACAGAAUGGGCCCUCAGAACUCUGGGUUGCAUCUCCUCCUCUUGUGGCUGGAGGACCCCCAUGGACACUGAUGCUGCACAGGGAACGAUUUAGGUCUCAAACCUCAUUAUGAUUUUUUUCACUAGUUCAAUUACCACUGUUUUCUUCAGUGCUUCAGUAGUUGUAUUUUAGAGCCUUCUCUCACAUUUUAAAUAACAUCUAGGCCUAUAUUAAUAUUUAUACCUAAUACUGUGGCAACUGUCAAGUGUUUAUCUUUUGUCUCAAUUCCACAUAAUAAAAUACAGAGGUUUGCAUUUGAUUUAACUGUACAACCCUGUUUUUGUACUAGUUAAUGAUACCUUGUGCCACCCAAACUCAUGGAACUUGGCUUGAUGAACUGGCUGAUUGAAGUAGCAGCUGACCCUUAAACAAUUGACCUCUGGAAUCUCAUGCACCCAGGUAUUUCAAAUAUCAUUCCCACUUGUGAGGACUGGUCUGUAUUACCCAUAACACAAAAUAAAUAUAAACUGGCCCUUUUGCCUUUCCAUGUAUAAGCAGUUAAGUUCCUUUAAAUUCACAACUCCUUUAGCCCUUCUCUGGGCUCAGAUAAAUCUUUGUCCUACUAUCAGGCUUUCUUAGUUCAAG